CCAUUUUCGACUAGUUGUGUGUGGACGGCUGUGCAGGGAGGGUCAGGCAGCGGCCCUCGGAGUGGUAGUCGUGUCUUCUUGUUCUAAGGCCCCUUGAGGCCAACCCAGUGAUUUCUUAUAUUCUCCCCAAUCACAAAAAGAGGCAAAAAUGGCCGGCCAAUCCAUCAACGACAGACUGACAGCAGCUCGCUAUAGUCUUGCCGGACAGGGGCUUGCCAAGUCUGUGUGUAAAGCCACCACCGAGGAAGUCAUUGGCCCCAAGAAGAAACACUUGGACUAUCUCCUCCACUGCACCAACGAGCCAAAUGUGUCAAUUCCCCAGCUAGCAAACCUUCUCAUUGAACGUGCACAGAUGCAGUCGUGGGUCAUAGUCUUCAAAGCCCUAAUAACAGUACACCACUUAAUGUGUUAUGGAAAUGAGAGGUUCACACAAUAUUUAGCAUCUAGUAACUGUAACUUCAACUUAGGUGGUUUCCUUGACAAAACAGGAGUAGCAGGUCAAAGUCAUCCACAGUUAAGUUAUGAUAUGUCAACAUUUAUUCGUCGAUAUGCCAAAUAUAUCAACGAAAAAGCUAUUUCAUACCGGACUGUGGCUUUCGAUUUCUGCAAAGUAAAGCGAGGGAAAGAAGAUGGCACAUUGCGGACAAUGCCCACGGACCAGCUGUUGAAGACUCUCCCCGUGCUCCAGGCCCAGCUUGACGCACUGCUCGACUUUGACUGCACUGCCAAUGAGCUCACCAAUGGGGUCAUUAACUCGGCCUUCAUGCUCCUUUUUAGAGAUCUGAUUCGCCUUUUUGCCUGCUAUAAUGACGGCAUCAUUAAUCUCCUGGAGAAAUAUUUUGAAAUGAACAAAAAACAGGCCAGAGAUGCUUUAGAUUGUUACAAGAAAUUCUUAAUACGCAUGGACCGUGUAUCAGAAUUCCUUAAAGUUGCUGAGAGUGUAGGCAUAGAAAAAGGUGAUAUCCCCGACCUCACCAAGGCUAGCAGAUCUGACUCAGGCUCAAGAGAGGCCUCGGCACCAAGCAGUCUCUUGGAUGCUUUAGAAGCUCAUCUAGCAUCCCUUGAAGGCAAAAAACCACCUACUUCUGCAGCUUCUACUAACUCUAGUAAAGUGAACAUCAAGAGUGCUGUAUCGGCCCUCAAUUCGACUAGUGUUUCCUUUGGUUCGGUAAGCAGCAAUGGACGUAUGGGAGAGCCUGUUACCACCAACAAUGGGACUGUACCUGUUGAUGAGACAACAAGGAGAGCAGCACUGGCAGAAGAGGAAGCUAUGUACGAAAAACUAAAGACGGAUCAUGCUAAAAACAACCCAUUCUUAAGUUCUCCUACUACUGAAGCUGCUCCAGCUCCUAUAACAAACAAUGGAGAUUCAUCUCAAAUCAUUGACUUAUUUGGCACAGCACAGACUGCUGAUCCUGCUGCUUCUGCUCAGGCUAGUAAAGCAUCAGAUGAUCUUCUUCAGCUAGCAGGAAACCCAUUUGCUGACAUGAUACCUGGCUCAGCUACCAGCGCUCCAGCCCCUACACAGCCGUACACUAAUGGUGUCUCUCAGAGUGUCUCUCAAAACUCCACCUCCACUGGUUUUGUUUCUGAUAAUGCGUUUGAUGCUGUCUUUGGCAACAAUAGUACCUCCCAGAACACAGUGCCGAGCAGUACCUUCAACUGGCCAGCUGCAGCCAUAGGAGGUGGCACUGACUCCGAUGUCAAUCCUUUUGCUGCCUUUGGUGUGUCAGGCCCCCCUGGUCCUUCCCUCCCCUCACAGGGUGGUGGUAUCUCUCUGGACACCACCACCACAACCACUACCAACACCACUUCUACAGCUGACCUCUUGAGUGGGUUGGAUUCCCUGGCAGGCGUUGGUAACAGUGGUGUGCCCUUCCAGGCUCCUACUGUGCAGCGCUCUCAGCCUCAAGCAUUUGAUGGGCUUGGGGACAUCCUGAAGCCAGAGGGUAGUGUGGGUGGUGGUGCUGCUCCCGUGGCCACAGCAAUGGGCACCCCAGCUCAACUUCCUGCGUCAACACAGCCCAGUAAACUUAUAAGUUCUGACCUUGAUAUGUCCUUGUCAUCUUUAGUGGACAACCUUAAUAUCAAGGGUCCUGUGGCACCUAAAGGACAGUGGAAUUCACCAAAGACCCAAAGCAAAACUGGAGGAGCUAGUUGGACUCCUGCAGCUCCAGCUUCUGCAACCGCAGGUUUUCGUCCACAAAUGCCAGGCCAGCAAAUGCCUGCAGCUGGGGCACCCGGACAGCCAGGACAGUGGAGUGGUGGGAUGCCUAUGACUGGGAAUUUCCCACAGCAACCUAUGCAGGGAAUAGGUAUGAUGGGUCAAGCAUUCCCAGGUGCUGCUGCCCCUCAACCUGGGGCACAACCAACCCAAGCCUCGCAGCCAGCUGGCUUUGAUCCCUUUGGUGCCCUGUAACACUGCAGGUUGGGCAUAAUAAAUGCAUAAUAUCGGCAGUCCUGAAACAAAACCUUGCUCUUCGUCAUGACCAACUGUUAAGUGUUGUGGCUUCUCUUUGUUACCCUUGCCUCAUGUUGUAUGUUGACUGAAAGUGUGGGAAGUCGCCAACAUCGUGUGCUAGUAGUGCUGAUUGUCGUCAUCAGGCUAAAUGCAUGUCAUUUUCACCUUUUUGAGUAUAGAAGCUAUAAAGUUUUAGAAUGAAUUGCAUUGUUAAUAUUGUAACUUAUUUAAAACAAGUACUGAGAUCUUUGUUGUCCCAGACAAUUCAUAUUUGAUUAGUAGAAUAUAUACGAGUUGAUUGAUUAUCGUUAUUGAAAUAUACAUUUUAUCAGAAGUAUAACCAGUAAUAGGUUCCAGAUGUGCACUGCCGCAUAUAAACAUUAUCAUGCCCAGUCAGCCAACACAUGAUUAUUAAUUACAGUGUAUCAUAGCAUGGAUUUAAUUUAAUUUUAAGGAAUAUACAAAAGUGUAUUAUAUGAAUUGUACAUUCCAGUGUCUGUAAGCCAAAAGUUGAGUCAUGGGAUGUAGAGAGCUGACGCUGUGUGGUGAAUCUGUAAUAUAUUUAUUUUUUUGAGGCAUCAGUAUUUUAAGUGUUGAUGAUAGAAAAUAGAAGCAGAUGUGCUUGAAAUGUAUCAGCAUCUCAUGUUAUAGCCAAAUUGCAGAAUUUCAGCUGUUAUAUUGGGUAGCAGUAGGUUACUAGUGAAAUUUUAAAAUGAAAUGCCUUGAUAUAUCAUCAAUCCAGUAUGAGAUGUUUGUAAAAGGAACAAGUACUCAGUAAUGCAACUAGUGUCUUUAUUACUGUUUUGUAAUAGAUGUGUCGAAAAACGCAAACAAGUAAGAGUUCAAUAUUGUGUAGUAGUUCUGGAUAUAUACUGUAAUUUGUCCUGUUGGAAACUGUUUUAACAUGUAAAUGACAGUCUAGACUCAAAGAAGAUCACCACACACCAAGACCCUGUAGCUCUAUUACUCAUAUCUAAAUAUAUAGAAAUAAUAGUAGCUGUACAUAGGAGAGGACGAGGUUUGCAGUGGAUGUAGUUGUUGCAAAGAAAAAUUGUGUGCAUUCCAAUUUGUGAGAUAGGCACAUAGAUAUCAUUUUUAAAGUUGUGGUGCAAGUAAAUGGGUUAAUUUCAACCUGAAUUUGCAACCUGUGUAUGUAUUAGCAGUGUUGUCAAAAUAUAUAUAAAAUGUUACUGUGAAAAUCCCAGUAGUUGGGAUUAUUUUAAUAUAGGCUGAAGGUCAGAGGUUUGUAUUUAAAAAGAGUCCUCUGUUUGCUUCUUGCCACACACACACCAAGCCUUAAGCCCACAUCUCGUAUCAUACUGUCAUGCUAAUCUGAAUUUCAGCAAGACUUCUGUUUUUAUGUAUUUCUUGUUCAUAUUAUUGUUACAUACUUUCCUUCUGGAAAGAAAUGAAAGUAAUAUUCAUUAUCAUGAUUAUCUUCAUUAUUUCUAUUAUUAUUAUUAUUAUUAUUAUUAUUAUUAUUAUUAUUAUUAUUAUUAUUAUUACUAUUACUAUUAUUAUUAUUGUUGAUAUAUAUAUUUGUUAUUAUGUUUCUUUGACUAAAGGAUUGUUGUAUUAUGUAAUAAGAAGUUAUGUACUUUAUUGAUGUAGGUGUUUGCAAGGUUACAAAUAUACAUUAGAUGCAGUAACAAAAUGUGUGGGCCACAUAACACCUAGAAAAGUAAUCUGUGAGCAAUACUCGUACUAAGACGUAUGUCAGCCCAGAUUCCAGUACAUGCUGUUGUUCAUUGGGGCUGGUGUUUAGUGAUUAGUGAUAAGUAUUAUUCCAUAUGUAAUAUAGCCUUAUACUGAGUAUGUUAUUUUUAUGUAUUCAGUUGUGAGGUGUGAGGAAUUCUCAGGCAUAAUAAGAUGUGUACUUGGUUUUGAAGUUGAGAAGCAAAGGUAAGGAAGGGAAAAGAAAAAGAAAGUGGAAUAAUUCAUAUACAGUAUAAAGUAUUAUGAUAGUUUUUGAUUGUAGUGCAGUGUAAAAGGUAUCAAUUUUGACUGAGAGUUAACUCACAUACCUAAGGAUAGUGUUGGUUGUACAUAAACAUAUGUAAACAAGGGAAUUGGUUUCAGGUAAUUUGGGAUGAUUAUUAUAAAAUGGAUCUGAAAAAUAGUGAAAAUUUGCAUGAGCAAAAUUUCAUGAUGGCGUCAUAAUAUGAACCUCCAAUGUCCAGUAUAUCUCAUUUUAUACAUAAUGUACACAAGGAACUUAGAAAUUACAUUUAGGUCCUUCAUUUCUAUAAAUACUGUUUGUGUAUUAAGUGUAGCACCAAUACUUAUAGUUUCAUCCAUUUUUAGAGUAAAUUGAGUAGAUUUCUCUAUCAGUCAUACUUAAAGACACUUGGUUGACAGUAUCAGAUUAAUAGUUCCUAAAAAAAAAGAAAAGAAAAAAAAACAAGUAAAACCCUAUUCCUGACUCCAAUUCUGAACUUUGUGAAAUAUAGCCUGUGUCUUACAAAUCCAGGAAGAUGUUAACAAACCUUUCUAAAAGUCACGAAAGUCAAACCGACUUAUGCUGUUCACAGAGGUAGGGUUUCAGAUUUUGUUUCUGUGCCACCAAAUUAUCCUUUAUUCCGUAGCAUCAGUGGCCGCCUCCGUGUUGUGGUAGUUGGUUGAGAACAAAAAAAUAAUAAAAAUAAAAAUCCUAAGGUCUUGAGAUUAUUUAUUACUUUGUUACAUCAUGUAUUAACUGCAAGACUUAGAAUAAAUUGUUGACAACACUGGUCUUGUAUAAAGUCAUGGUCUCAUACAUGAUGCAAAUAUGAUGUCAAGAUUUGGAACAAUUAUGAAUAAAUGUUGAAGAUGGU